AUGAAGAAAGGUUCUCGUUUAGGCUCGUCACAUCCUCCUGAUUACAAGUAUGACAACGUUCGGCAGUCAGUCUCCCCGCCGCCAUACCAUUUGCACGAACUCAAGUCGCACACUGGUGAUAUUACAUUUAUCGACCCAUGGCACUCUGAAACGAAGCAAACACCCAUCGACGACAGGAUAGACCCUGCGACUUACAUCCCGCAUUCAACACCGCGCUAUAGGAGAAGUAUCGAUCUGGAUGGGAGUCUACCACUACCGUAUACCCCUAGAAGGAGUACUUGGCGCCGCCUGUCUGUUGGAUUUCAAAGUUUUGUUCGCUCCGAGCCUUUCUGGCUCGCCCUCUACUUUCUCUUCAAUCUCGGAUUGACGUUGUACAACAAGAUUAUACUGGUCACCUUCCCAUUCCCCUACACCCUUACGUCUAUUCACGCUCUAUGUGGGUCCGUGGGGUGUUAUAUCCUCCAAGAGAACGGAUUCUAUAUUCCGGCAAGACUUACCGCAAGGCAAAACAUUAGCUUGCUCAGCUUUAGCGUACUGUACACUGUCAAUAUCGCCGUCUCGAAUCUAUCUCUCCAGUUGGUCACCGUUCCAUUUCAUCAAGUUGUACGAGCCGCCUCUCCGUUCUUUACCAUCGUCCUCGCCUACUUCCUCACUGGCUCCGCCAUCUCCCUCCGUAAACUCUUCUCGCUCAUCCCAGUCGUUGCAGGUGUUGGGUUCACCACAUAUGGUGACUACUACUUUACGUGGUGGGGGCUAGUCCUCACUCUCUUCGGGACGCUGCUCGCAUCACUCAAGACCACCGUCACCAAUAUGCUCCAAUCAGGAACGCGAAUCAAACGCCGCUCGACCGUUGAGCGUUUCUCAUCACAGCCAGAGCUCCUGAGAGAACAAGGCCUCCAACUUCACCCACUCGACCUACUCGGAAGAAUGUGCCCACUCGCAUUCAUUCAGUGUAUCCUCUAUGGCUGGAUUACUGGUGAAUUAGAGAAUGUGACACAGUUUGGCGCGAUCCAGAUGGACUCGAGACGGAUGAUGGCACUCUGGGUGAAUGGAGUGAUUGCGUUUGGACUCAACGUCGUCAGCUUUACCGCGAACAAAAAGUCAGGACCGUUGGCCAUCUCAGUCGCCGCCAACGUAAAGCAAGUUCUGACCAUGCUCCUCGCCGUCUCCAUCUUUGACUUGAUCAUCACCCCAAUGAAUAUGGUUGGAAUUGUGCUCACGUUGGCUGGAGGUGCAUGGUAUGCCGUCGUAGAGUACCAGGAGAAACAGAAGCGUAGUUCUCUCGCCAUUUUUACCUCACUGAGACCACACGGCAGAACAGAGUGA